AUGUCUUCUUCCGCGCAACCUUCAGGCGUAACCAAGCAGACCUCCAAGAUGGCGGCGCCUAAGAACGUGCCCUCAGCGGAGGCAAAGGCAGCUGCUUCCAAGAUGCACAGACGGUCAAGAUCAGGUUGCUUUACUUGCAGAUUACGAAGGAAAAAGUGUGAGGAAGGCAAGCCGGCCUGCAAGGCAUGCAAGCAUCUUGGCCUGCGAUGCGACUACAAGCGGCCCAUGUGGUGGAGUAAUGGCGAGCAACGGCGGCAGCAGAAGGAGAUGAUCAAGAACAUCAUCAAGCGGACUCAAUUGUCGAAGAAGCAGGCGCAAGCUCAACAAUCGCUCAACACAAGCUCGCCGCCACCACUCAGUCACUCUGUGCCAACAUCAGCAGAAGCCCCAUUCGCAGAAUCGUUCCCGCAGUCAAGAUGUCCCUCCGAAGGCUCACCUUACUCGGACGGUUGCGACUACACCCCCGGACUCACCCCAGCACAUGGCUUCACAUACCAAUCGCCCGAAGGAUACUUUGCCAUGCCACCGCCGCCGCAACCAUUCAUCUCAGCACACCAACAGUACCCAAUGUUUUCGCCCUACGAGGUCGACAUCAAGACCGAACGAGAGAUCUACAUCAACAACGUUCCGACCAGACGAGACUCGACGAUAUCUACGUUCAGCACAUUCCAGCCUCCACCGGCAGCUGAAGGCGUCCCCGGGUAUCCUGCCGACAGCUGGGUCCAGCAAGAACAUUUCGAAAGCACCUGCGAGGAGUUUGCGGAGGAGCCAGUCGACUUCAACUUCUUUGAGUAUCCACACGGGCCUUUGGAUCCUGACCACGGGGCUGUGAUCAAUGUUGAUGAGGCCGACAAGUACUUGUUCAACCACUUCCUGGAUAAGGUGACGAAGCUCAUAUUCCCGGUCCUAGAUGCGAAUCAACAUGGGUCAGCGCGAACAGAUGUGAUCCUCCCAGCUUUAGAGUCGAACCAGGCAUACCUACACUGCUGUCUUAGCAUAGCUGCGACACACAUGAGAUCGACGGAGGGCGUGACUGGCGAGCAGAUUGACAAUGAUAUUGUGCGGCACAGGUACUCGGCUAUAUCUGCGCUCUGCGAAGCUCUCGGCCAGGAUGUGAACCACGCGCAGAUCCUCGAGGCAACCCUUGGCAUGAUCUUCUUCCAGUGUUCAGUUGGUCGACCAGACGAUGCACUUCCAGAUAUUCCAUGGCACCAGCACUUCCAAGCAGCUGCCAGUCUAGUGAACAAGCUGGAGCUGCCUGCCUCUGCAAUGGAGCUUUCGACAACUGGCCAGCAUCCAGACUUCAACAUGACUCUGGCUUCGUGGAUCGAUAUCCUAGGAGCAUCGCUGAUGAACAGGCAACCAAUGUUCGCCGAGACGUACCGAGCGAUCCACGAGCAACAAGGAAGCAUUGGACUGGCAGAGCUGACAGGAUGCGAAGACAACACCAUGUUCCUCAUCUCAGAGGGUGUCUGCCUUGAGGUCAACAAACCAUACAUCGACGACGUCGCAGCCUGCAACUACGUCACCUCGCUAUCCCACGCCAUCACAGCUACUGAAGCAGCAGCACCUCCUGUCCAGAACUGCUUCUCCAGCACAGGCGCCAUCCGCCCUCGACAGCUGACUGCCAACAUCUCCGCCCUCUUCCGCGUAGCCCUCCGCAUCUACCUCUUGUCCCUGGUGCCCGGCAACCUCAACAACGGCGAAGGCAUGGUCGGCCUCAUCGGCCAAUUCUCCAAGCUCAUGAACUUUAUCCCAGCAGGCCCCGAAGGCUUCGACCGCUCAGUCGCAUGGCCUCUCCUCAUCGCCGGCGGCUCCUCCAUCGCAGGCGACAGCUUCCGCACCAUGUUCGACGACCGCUGCCGCUCGCUCGGCGACGCCGCCAACUUCGGCUCCUUCGGCCGCAUUCGGGAACUUCUGAAGGAACUAUGGUCCAUCAACGACACCGCAGCAGCACAGGGAGACUUCCAGGGCGCACGCUGGCGUGACGUGAUGCAGCAGAAGGGCUGGGAGUUCCUCCUCAUGUAA